AUGGCUUUGAUUAAUAGGGUCAGUCUCACCACUGACUUGUGGUGGUCUGGUGAACAGAGGAUAGGCUAUAUAACUGUGACUGGUCAUUUCAUUGAUUCAAAAUGGCAGCUUCAUAAAAGAGUUUUAUCUUUUAAGAAUGUGCCACCACCACAUUCUGGAGAGGUUUUGUGCAGGGAACUGAUAAAGGUAAUGGAUGAUUGGGGAAUAAGGAAUAAGGUAGCAUCUAUUUCUGUUGAUAAUGCCAGUGCCAAUGAUAAUUGCAUUGCUAGGUUGAAGAGGGAUUAUUCUGGUAGGAGAAAUUUACCCUUAGAUGGUAAGUUAUUUCAUGUAAGGUGUUGUGCACACAUCUUAAAUUUGUUGGUGCGGGAUGGGCUUGAUUUGAUUAAGGUGUCUGUUGAUAAGAUAAGAAAUGGUGUCAAAUACUUGCUCAAUUCUGAAACAAGAUGCAAAUCAUUCAAAAAGAUUGUUGAUAAGUUGCAACUUGAAGGCAGAAUGCAAGUGUUGGAUACAAAGACUAGGUGGAACUCAACUUGGUUGAUGUUGUCUACUGCGUACCAUUACAGAGAAGUGUGGCCUAGAUAUGCUGAGGAAAAUGGUGCAUUUAUCAGUUUUUUGCUUGAUGCAAAUGAUUGGGAAGAUGUUCAUGAUAUUUGCAAGUUUUUGGAGGUUUUUGCCGAUGUGACAUCAAUUAUUAGUGGCACAUCUUACCCUACUGUUAAUCUGUUUUUAUCUGAGCUUUAUAGAGUGAAGGUUUUACUUGAUAAUCCUUCAAGAAUCUCACAUAAUCCUCAGUUGCAGGCCCUUGCUAGUGAAAUGAAGUUGAAAUAUGACAAGUAUUGGUCAGAGUCUAAUACAUUGAUUUCGAUUGGUGCAGUUCUUGAUCCAUGGUAUGAACAUCUUAGCCUAUGA